AUGCACCAUGGGAGUGGACCACAGAAUGUGCAACGGCAACUUCAGAGAUCCAAGUCCACCACUGGAUCUGAAGCAGAAGACCACCAGAAGCAGCAGACCAUGGCAGUUACUCAACAGCAGGCAACAGCCAACCAUCCACAAUCAACUGUGACCACGUUUCCAUCUGCAGCCAGCCCUUCAGCCCCCCAGUCCCCCAACUACCAGAUAAUAAUGAGCCGCAGCCCUGUCACAGGCCAGAACAUGAACAUCACCUUACAAAAUGUCAGUCAAAUGGUGACAGGCAACCAACAGAUCACCCUCACCCCGCUCCCCCUCCAGAACCCAGGCUCUCCCGGCUUCCAGCACACGGCCCCGCAGUGGAGGUUUGAGCAUGCCCCGUCCUAUAUCCAGGUCACCUCACCGCUGCCACAAUCCAUGCAGCCACAAAGUCCCACCCAGCACAGCCCAGUCCCCCUCCAGCGACCAGGGGCACCUGGAACAGGACUGGGUUUGUGUGGACAGAGCCCAACACGCUUUGUUGAUGCUGGCAUGCUUGUGAGACAAAUCAGUCUUGGCAGCCCGCCUGGAAGUGGGCACUUUGUUUACCAAGAGGGGACAGGGCUGACGCAGCUAACUCCAACCACGGUUGGGCAGGUGCAGCUGUCCUCCCCAGGGGUGCCAGGCUCUGUGCGGGAAUGCAGGCUGUCCCAGCCCCACUCACAGACUGGAGGCACCAUCCACCACCUCGGACCUCAGAGUCCUGUGGCCAGUGGCACUGCUCUGCCCACACUGGGGAGCCCAGGCCACAUCACCACCUCCAACUUGCCACCUCAAAUCAGCAGUAUCAUCCAGGGGCAGCUGGCGCGUCCCAUGAUAUUUGAGAAGACUUCACAGGGUAUGGUAGCUGGAGUGGGGACAGCUGCCACAUUGUCUUUCAGUAUGCCUUCCACCAUUCCUCCCUCCAGCCCUUCUCUCAUUAACCCUCCGCAAGGCAUCCCCAAUCCCCCCCUCACCCCUACCGGCAUGUGCUUGGGGUCCAUCAAGAAACAGAUACCCAAAAAGCUGGAGGAGAUUGCACCCUUAAACCCAGAAGUGGCCCAGCUGAGGAAGCAGUGUCUGGAGCACCACACUAAGAAGAUGGAGGGUCUGAAGGAGGUCUUCAAAGACUACCUGAUUGAGUUGUUCUUCCUGCAGCACCUUCAGGGGAACAUGAUGGACUAUUUGGCUUUCAAGAAGAAGCCCUGUGUCCCGCUUUUCACUUACCUGAGGCAGAAUGACCUAGACCUUGAGGAGGAAGAGGAGGAGGAUGAGGAGCAGUCUGAGGUCAUCAAUGAUGAGGUACUGUUACAUCAUUGAUUGAUCUAUCAUGUCUUAUAGUCAUACAUUCAGAAUGCCUCUACUUGUUAUCCCAUGUUUAGGCUAUAUGAAUUUAGUUCAAAUCUCUGUGCCACUCCCAGGUCAAGGUUGUCACUGGAAAGGAUGGACAGGCUGGAACACCGGUUGCCAUAGCGACACAGCUUCCACCCAAUGUUUCAGCAGCAUUCUCUACCCAGCAGCAGUUCCAGGUGAAGAAGGGUGAUGGGGCACCAAAUGACUGCAACCCCUACACAGAGAGGAUGGAACUGAUUGUCUUUGUCUCUCUUAAAUGUUUCCUUUUAGAUCUCCAAGCUCUUACUAACCCUUGGAUAUGUCUCCUCAGGUGCACCCGGGAGCAGCUGGCAGCAUGACAAACACUGGAGACAUGGAUGCCUUUAAGAGGCAACAGGCAAUGGCACAAGCAGGUAGGGCAAGGACAGCAAACUCCCGUGGCUCUUUUGUUGGUUUGUUUCCGCCCCCUUUUCUUUCUUUUUGUUAUUUUCUUCCCUUAAAUUGCUUCUGCUUUUAGAUAUUUGGCAUCUUCUACUAGCGCUGUGUGUAGAAGUCUUAACCCAAGGAAGGAGAGGUGGUCUGUAUGGUGUACAGAAGGUCAUUGCUGUUUGCCGAGUGUCUUUUUUCCGUUAUGAGGGUAUUGUGUGUUUUAAAUCCCAGAUCAGGCUAAGAGGUCCCGGAUUGAAGUUGGUCGCCAUGGAAUGAUUUUCCAGCAUCCUGGUGCUUUAGGAUCACCUGGCGUUCCACUCCAGCAGCUUAUGCCGACAGCGCAAGGUAGGAGUGCUACUACCAGGCCGUUCUGUGUUCUGUUCAAUGCUGCUGGACGUGUUCUCAAUCCUACGAGACAAACUGAAUUCCAACAACGUCCCAUCGUCUCCAACGAAAACCUCCAAGCAGCAUCAACAAAGAGAUCUUCAUCCAUCCGCUGGACAGACACCCCAGCAGGCCUCAGGAAGUUCAGGCUUAGCACUCCCAGCACGCUCUCUCUCUCUAGAUCAAGGGCUAAAAUGGGGAAGAAGAUUUUUUUUAAACAAGUCUGAAGAAAAGGAGUAGCCUCUCACUGGGAUGAUGCCAUGUCUUAUGAUUUUACUUUUUUAUGUUUGAUUGAUCAUCCGUCUCCAUCCGUUUCUUCUUUUCUGAAGUUUUGUUAUUCCCGAUCGUCUCUGUUUGGACGGACUUUCCUGUGCCGUUGGAGCUUUGGCUGUUUCGCAAGCGGAUCACGGAAAGUGAGAAAGGAGGAACCCUGGAAAAAAUAAAUCUCUUUCCAGUGGGGCAUGUUUGCUCAUUUGAUGAUUGCUUUUUCGUUCCUCCUUUUUUAUACUCGUCAUCAUUCUCAUCCAUCCAUCCGUCUCCCGCACCCCUGUCCCUCUCCGUUGUCUGUCCUUGCAUUGUAAACAUGGAUUCACAAUGCAUCUCAAUCCUAUGUUCAGUUGUCAGUCAUCAAGAGCAUCAGUUGUUUCCUUUUCUUGUUCCAUCAUGCUCAUCCUUUGUUGGUUUCCCCCAUCUGUUUCCAUGGCAUAUCGUUCUGACUUGGCCUCUUUCCCUCAGUUGUAGUAGGAAGGAGGGGAACCGGGUAGAGGAGGUUUGGUGCAGUCAUGAUAUGUCACAGGUUGGCGUGGUGUGGGUGUGUCUGUCAGGGCCAGGUGUUGAUGUGGUCUAGGUGAUGAUGUGAGUGAUGGUCAGGGAGGGGUAGGACAGGUGCUGCUUAGUCAGGGUGCACAGCUCUGCUCAGCCCAGGCCUGCUGUCUGCAAGAUCCCAUGUGUGUCCUGCUCACUUCUCUGCUUUGCUAUGUUCUGUGUUCCACAAAAUAACUACAUUGCUUCAUGCAUGCUAAACAUAUGGUGUUUUUGUGAAUGCGCUUUAUUUUAUUUUACUAUAUUUUCUAUUUCAUUUGAUUUGGAAACCUUUCUUCUCAGUCCCUCUGCUGAAGGUGUUUUAUGCAUGAUUAGUUUAGCUGUUUUAAUCACAUUCUCUUAACAUUUUAAAGAUAAUGUUUUAAUUUUUGCAUUAACAAACUUAGUAUUUUAUUUGAAGGACAUGUAGAUGAUCACAUAGAUUUUUUUCUUCUGUAAUCAUUGUGCUGUAUAAUUUAUUUGUUUUCACUCUUCCUCAACAGUAAGAACUACACUACUGUUGACUCAUAUAGUACAUCCAAUUCAUACGUUCUGGGUAGCUGUUAUAAUAGAUGGAGCUCUAAACACUAUCCUUUCAUAAUCUGUUGAUCACGUUCAGUCAGUACUGAAAAAGAAUGGCUUACGUAUGAGGAACAAGUGGCCCUCUGGCCUGACUACUGCUCAGUCCCUCUAUCUGCAGCGUGUAUAGUCUUUAUUUUUUAACAGGCCUUUAUUUCAGAGAGAGCAGGAUUGGUAUGACAGGACAACACUUGGAUCGAGGAACCACAGAGCAACACUAACUCACAGCCACAUGUUGUUAUCCUUUCCCCCUCUCUUCACUCCUUCCCUUUGUGUUCCCUAUGACUUGGUUACUGUGCUCCAGGCGGGAUGCCCCCCAACCCGCAGACAGUCCAGAUCCCCGGGCAGAAGCAGAACCAGCCACAGUAUGACCCGUCCAAAGGGCCUCCGGUGCAGAACGCUGCCAGCCUGCACACUCCUCCCCCCCAGCUGCCUGGCCGCCUGCCCCAGGGCGCCCUCCCCAUGGCUGGCCUGCCCAUGGCUCUCUCUCAGCAGCCCCAGCUGGUGGAGAGCUCAGCCCAGGUAGCCAAUCAGCUCCAGGCCCAGGUAAAGGUGCAGGGGGCUGGCCCCAUCAUGGCUCCAGUCAACCCCCACACACAGCUCCAGGCCCAGCUCCAGCAGCAGAUGCAGUCUGGUCUUCACCUCCAGAUGCAGCCUCAGCAGCUACAGCAGCCCCAGCUCAUGCUGCAGCCAGGACAGGCGGUGAGUCUAGAGGAUAACUUCCAAACAUCCCAUGUUUUUGGUUGUGUUCAUAGGUUUGUAGAUCAACGGUUUGUCUUUUCUCUCUCCUCCCUUGAUCAGACUGUGACCCUCACUCGUCCUGGAGCGGACUCCAACCAACCUGUCCAAAGAAUGAUGACCAACUCCCUGUCCAACCCCUCCAUGUCUCCUGCCCCCCUCAACGCCCCCAACUCACUCCCCUCCCCCCACACAAUUGGCCCCCUCCGCCCCUCUGGGUCCAACAUCAACCCUAACACACAGUCCAAACUGGCCGGGCCCAACGGCACCUCCACAGUCAAAAUGGGAGGCUUUGGUCAGGGUUCGGGUAUGCAGUCAUCAGAAGGGAGCUCACAGGACAAACAAGCUGAACAGGCCAAAAUGGUGAGGAGUUACCUCUGAGAAACCUAUCACUCUGCAAGUGCUUUUGUUUUCCGGCUGCUCAUAAUGUGACCUCUCUCUCUGACCCCCAGGAGAGCCAGGUGCACCAGCGUAUCUCUGAGCUGAGGAAAGAAGGCCAGUGGUCAGCCAGCAGGCUGCCCAAGCUCAUGGAGUCCUCUCGGCCCAAGUCCCACUGGGACUACCUACUGGAGGAGAUGCAGUGGAUGGCAGCUGACUUUGCCCAGGAGAGGAGGUGGAAGAUGGCUGCUGCCAAGAAGGUAUGCUGGCUGAGUUCUCUUAGUGUACUCUUACUGAAGUAAUGUCUGUGAUUCUUAUGUACUUGUACAUUGUUUCAGUACUACUUGAUCAUAACUGCAUAUUGCAUAUUCCCCAGCUGGUUCGCACCUGUUCCCGUUACCAUGACGAGCAGAAGAAGAUGGAAGAGGGGUCCAAGAAAGAGGAAGAACUGCGGCUCCGUCACAUUGCUAGCACCAUCGCCAGAGAGGUGGAGUUCUUCUGGUCCAACAUUGAGCAGGUACGUUUCUCUUAAUGUGGAAACUGUUCCGUUGUUGUCCUUAGACCUGUAGUGUCAUCAACUCUGUCCCUCCUUUCCAUUUGGUUUCUCUCAGGUUGUGGAAAUUAAACUGCGUUUCGAGAUUUAUGAGAAGAGACUGAAAAUGCUCAGCCUACAGAGAGCAACGAGUAAAGGUGAGCGUUUAUUCAAGAGCCUUUUGAAAUUGUUUUACAUAAAUCAAAAUUUCAUAAUGUCGUUUUGAAUAUAUUGGUUAUUCUUUGCGUCAAAGGACAAGAUGUUAAACCUGCUCAGUCGACCGCAGUGAAAGCUGAAAAAGAGGUAGGUGGCUGCACAGACUCACUCUGGUUGUCCAGAAUGUCCAGACACAUAAUCCGUUUUUUUUGCAGGGAAACGUAUUCAAAAUUAUUCUCAUUCACAGGAGCCCAUUAUGUCAACAAGGAAGCGAAAGUCCAGCACUUCAUUGGCGGAAGAAGGUAUGUGUGCAAAAAUGUCUCCAGAGAUGUUUUACUGGUUUAUCAUUUGAGGUGCACUGUUAAAUUGAACAGUUGUUUACAAUGUUGUAACUUGUCUAUGGCUGUGUUCUCUCUUACAGUUCAGGAUGAGGAGAGCACCAUAGAGGAACAGGAGGCCAUGGAGGUGGCAGCUGAUCAGAAGGCAGAGUUGGGAGAUCUGGCUAAAGAUGGUCAGCAUGAUGCACUGUUUUCUCUUACUAUAACUAGUGAUCGAUUUCUCCCAAUUACCUUUAUUUUGUUUUUUUCAUUACUCAUUAAAAACAUGUAGGGUUUAAAAGCGCCCCUUAGUGUUUGUGUCUAUAUUGAGCCUUUCCUCUCUGUCUUGUAUCGUUCUCAGCUGAGAUGCCUCUGGAUGCGUUGAUGAAACAGUAUGCUGGUGCCUACGCUGAUAACUUUGACUGGCCCCUGCCUUCCCCACAGAGUGAUGAGGAGGACAGGGAUGAGACUGAAGGUGCACCUAAACUCUACAUACAGUACCAGUUAAAUGUUUGGACACACCUACUCAUUCAAGGGUUUUUAUUUAUUUUUUACUAUUUUCUACAUUGUAGAAUAAUAAUGAAGACAUCUAAACUAUGAAAUAACACAUCUGGAAUCAUGUAGUAACUAAAAAAGUAGCCACCCAUUGCUUUGAUGACAGCUUUGCACACUCUUGGCAUUCUCUCAACCAGCUUCACCUGGAAUGGUUGUCCAACAGUCUUGAAGGAGUUCCCACAUAUGCUGAGCACUUGUUGGCUGCUUUUCGUUCACUCUGCCGUCCGACUCAUCCCAAACCGUCUCAAUUGAGUUGAGGUCGGGUGAUUGUGGAGGCCAGGUCAUCUGAUGCAGCACUCCAUCACUCUCCUUCUUGGUAAAAUAGCCCUUACACAGCCUGGAGGUGUGUUGGGUCAUUGUCCUGUUGAAAAACUCAUGAUAGUCCCACUAAGCCAAAACUAGAUGGGAUGGCUUAUCGCUGCAGAAUGCUGUGGUAGCCAUGCUGGUUAAGUAUGCCUUGAAUUCUAAAUAAAUCACAGACAGUGUCACCAGCAAAGCACACACCAUAACACCUUCUCCAUGCUUUACGGUGGGAACUACACAUGUGGAGAUCAUCCGUUCAUCCACACCGCAUCUCACAAAGACACGGCGGUUGGAACCAAAAAUCUCAAAUUUGGACUCAUCAGACCAAAGGACAAAUUUCCACUGGUCUAAUGUCCAUUGCUCGUGUUUCUUGGCCCAAGCAGGUCUCUUCUUCUUAUUGGUGUCCUUUAGUAGUGGUUUCUUUGCAGCAAUUCGUCCAUGAAGGCCUGAUUCACACAGUCCCCUCUGAACAGUUGAUGUUGAGAGGUGUCUGUGACUUGAACUCUGUGAAGCAUUUAUUUGGACUGCAAUUUCUGAGGCUUGUAACUCUAAUUAACUUAUCCUCUGCAGCAGAGGUAACUCUGGGUUUUCCAUUCCUGUGGCGGUCCUCAUGAGAGCCAGUUUCAUCAUAGCGCUUGAUGGUUUUUUGCGACUGCACUUGAAGAAACCGUUCAAUGUUCUUGACAUUUUCCGUAUUGACUGACCUUCAUGUCUUAAAGUAAUGAUGGACUGUCAUUUCUCUUUGCUUAUUUGAGCUGUUCUUGGCAUAAUAUGGACAUGGUCUUUUAUCAAAUAGGGCUAUCCUCUGUAUACCCCCCCCCCCCCUACCUUGUCACAACACAACUAAUUGGCUCAAACGCAUUAAGAAGGAAUUAAAUUCCACAAAUUAACUUUUAAGAAGGCACAUGUGUUAAUUGAAAUGCAUUCCAGGUGACUACCUCAUGAAGCUGGUUGAGAGAAUGCCAAGAGUGUGCAAAGCUGUCAUCAAGGCAAAGGGGGGCUAUUUGAAGAAUCUCAAAUAUAAAAUAUAUUUGGAUUUGUUAAAACACUUUUUUGGUUACUACAUGAUUCCAUAUGUGUUAUUUCAUAGUUUUGAUGUCUUCACUAUUAUUCUACAAUGUAGAAAAUAAUAAAAAUAAAGGAAAACCCUUGAAUGAGUAGUUGUCCAAACUUUUGACUGGUACUGUAUAUACUCAAACUGUGUACCAGUCUAGCUAUGUGCCUCAUGCUCAUUGUUAUGCCAAGAUGAUUAGUUUCAAAGCAAAAGGAUUUGUAAACUGGUGGUGUUCCCUCAGUGGUGCUGAUGUAGUCAUUGUUCCCUCUCAGAGAUGGAGUCCUCUCUGGACAGCCCCCACGAGGCUGUAGUGAUAGACUCCCUGCUCAGUGUGGACCAGUAUCGAGGUUCUGAGAAGGCCAGCCCCCCUGGUGCUGACGGGAAGCCCAAGAAGGACAUAGCAGAGGUGGCAGCCGCCACAGAACUCAUCCUACCGAAGGGCAGUGCCAGGACCACCACUUCUGUGAGUCAUCACAACUGUCUCACUGACCCAGUCAUUCACUGUUGGGUGUCAUUUAACCAGUUUGUCAAUGAGAAGAAUUUGGCAAGAUGAAUGGGGAAAAAAGUGUAAUAAAUGAAAUAUAUAUAUUUAAGAGGACAGUUACUGAGUUAACAUGUACAAACAGGGAAUCAUUAUGACACUUUGCUAUGUGUCUUAGGGCCGCAGCCAGGCUCCUUUCCUGCUGCGUGGAUCACUGCGUGAGUACCAGCAGAUCGGAGUGGACUGGCUAGCCAGUCUCUACAAGAAACACCUCAACGGCAUCUUAGCAGACGAGACAGGGCUGGGCAAGACUGUGCAGACUGUGGCCUACCUGGCCCAUCUGGCCUGUCAAGAGGGUAAUCUACUGCUGAAAGACUUUAUUCAAUGCUUCUCUUUUGUUUAUUUAUGUAAACAUGUACGUAUUUUUAUGCAUGUAAACAUUCAUAUAGACUUAUUUUAUUUUUAUUUUUCAGGCAUCUGGGGCCCCCAUCUGGUUGUGGUGAGGACGUGUAAGAUCCUGAGCUGGGAGAUGGAGUUUAAACGCUGGUGUCCUGGCCUCAAAAUCCUCCUCUACCUCGGCAACAGACGGGAACGCAGAGCAAAGAGAAGGGUAACUAGUAAUGAUCUGUUUCAACAGGACCUUUUUCAGUAGACAUCCCCAUGAGAUGAAUUCCAUUCCAGCAGAGAGACUUGGGCAGGACAGCAGCACCAAAUGUGACAAUAAAUAACGCACACUUCUCAAGAAUAGAAUGCCUUAAAGAUUUAAAUGUUCUUCUCUACCCCUUUUUGGCUUCUGCUGUUAUUUAAAAUUGUUUACCCGUUUGUAAAUGAUUUCUCAGUCUGUCCAUAACUUGUGGUGUUGUUGAUGUGUCUCCAGUGGUGGGCGGAGGCCAACAGCUUCCAUGUGUGUGUGACGUCCUACAAGCUGCUGCUGAAGGACCAGAGCCACUUCCUGAGGAGGAGGUGGAAGCACCUGGUCCUGGAUGAGGUGCAGCUCAUUAAGAACAUGUCAGAGAAACACUGGGAAACAAUCUUUGCUCUCAAGAGGUAACAACUCUUAUUUUAGGGUAGCACCAUGGUUACACCCCCACACAGACUGGUCUGCUGAGGGCUUUUUGGUCUCAGCUUAGCAUGAAAUGAAAGUUUAGUUUAGACAGCUUAGAAAGUUAAACUCUUAAAUGUGGUUUUCCAUGCAUUUAAAAUUGUUAGCGAGCUAGAGAAACAACAAAAUCAAAUGAUGUGUUGGUGUGGUUUGUGUUCCAGUCAGCAGAGGAUCCUCCUGAUCAACACUCCACUCCAGAACACACUGAAGGAGCUGUGGACCAUGAUCCACUUCCUCCUGCCAGGCAUCACCAGACCCUACACAGACUUCCCUGUCAAGCCAGGCACAGACCAGAACCAGGACUACUGCCACAAACUGGUCAUCCGCCUACACAGGGUAAGUGUAGGGUUACAACCAAACCCCCCUUCUUUCUAAUGCUUGUGUGUUGAGAGUUUGUUACAGUCAGUUGUCUGAUAUCCAUCAAUGUGAUGGCGCUUUUAUUUGUGGUGGGAAGUGAUUGUGUAUCUGAAGGUUCUUUCAUUCCUAAUGAGUGUUUCUGGUCAUUAAAGAAGGUAUCUUGCUGAACUUUAUACCUGUGGGAAUUGGCCUAUAUGGAUAGGGCUGAAAUGUUUCUUACAGAAGAAAUAGAAAAAGCAUAUGCAUAAGCAUGGUAGCAAUUGAGAGGGAAAGGUUUCGAGAUUAUGGGGAAAUUAUUAGACGAAAGGUGAGUAUGCGACAGUUCACCUGACACAAGACUAAAUCCAAAUUACACUGUUGAUUUUGUGAAUUUUACAUUUAAUGUACUUUUUGCCGCAUUGUUGAUAACAAAAUCUGAAAAUACUCUGCAUACAUUCAGUAACAUAAGAAUAUUCCUGGAAAAUGUGGGGUAGGUGCAACAUAAGACAAAAAAAUGACAUGGGUUUGAGUGAGAGGACUAACUGGUGUCUCCAAGUGAUCACACACCUCUCCAAAGGGUGCCCAGUUCCUAAGUAAUGUCAAUGCACUUUUAGGACUUGAAGAGUCUUCAACUACAAUAUGUUUUUUUUUAGCUCUCCUAGCUGUGCCUUUGAGGAACUAGAGCAAGCACACUUUUUGGAACAUAAGAGCAGGUACACUUUUUGGAAAACGAGCAAGCACACUGUUUGGAACCUGCAUCCCGCCCUCACACAAUUACUGUUGUUUACGCAAUCCAAAAACAGUCAAUUAUAAAUCGCAAUCUGGAUCAAGUGGGCAUAAUUUGAAAACCUGUUCUAUUGCCAAUAUAUGACUAGCUAAAUUAUAAAAUACGAUAUAACAGUAUUAGGCUUUCACAAUGCAAUCCAGGGAAACGGAUCAUCAUUUUGAUGCGCAUAGAAAGGAGUCAUGAGUGCAUUCAGGUGUGUGUGCUGCAGCAAAUUUUCUUCACAAUAGACAAACCGGCUCAUUCUGUAAAGAACAACCCAACAUAGUGAUCAUAAACGUUGGCACUGUAUGUGACAUGAGUUUUAUGAUAUGGAAAUGUGAAGUGCAAAUUUGGACUCAAAUUUGGACAGGUGUUUUACUUGCUUGUAUGACAUCAAAGCGGUAUUUAUUAUAAUCCUCAACGUCUCAUCUUUCUAAAUACAUAGUCCUCUUAAUUUACAGCAUUUCGCUCACCCAGACAACAAAAAGUGUGCAAAAGUUGCCCAAUUAGCGGGAGGGAUUGGGUGGAUGAGCGGGCGACCGACCGGGCGACCAAGAUGCUUAAGUUCAGAACGGCUAUCAGUCAAAGUCCAUACAGCGCUGUGAAGCGCAGAGCCAGAACUCUGACGUCAUAUAUAGCAUGUUACUUGUACAGUCACUGCAUUCCAAUUUAGGCGUUUAUCGGUACCACUGGUCAUCAGUAUGAUUCCCCUUUACCAGGGCAGAGCUGUUCAUACCUAGAUACCAUUAGAUCUGACAUCCUUUCUCCUCUCUCUCUCCAGAUGAUCCAACCCUUCAUCCUGAGGCGCUGUAAGAGGGACGUGGAGAAGCAGCUUCCUAAGAAGUAUGAACACAUCCUCAAGUGUCGCCUUUCCAGCAGACAGAAGAGCAUGUAUGAAGAUAUCCUCACUCAGCCAGGGUGAGUUGGGCCUCCAGACACCACAUAACCUCCGCCUAAUGUAUGGCCAACCUGAUUGUAUAAUUAGUAUAGUAUUUAGUUUUAUACUCAUAGACUGAAUAUUUGAGCACAGGUUCUAUACCUGGAAACGCAUUAUGAUUAUUUGGUAGUGAUAGGAGGGGGGAAUCGAUAGUUACAUAUGGCAAUAUUAUUUUGGGACGAUAUUAUAUUGAUAUUUGACACCCAAUUAUCAAUAAAAUAUAUAUAUAUAUUUUGCUACUGUAGGUAGGGUUAGCUAGAGCUAGUCAGCUGUAUCUGCGUCAAACUGGUAUUUUUCAUCUUAUAGCUCGUCCUCCUUUUUAAAUAGUGAGCCAACAUGUUUUCAGCACUCUUAUUUCCCUGACUGAUCAGAACUUGUGUUCUCAUGCCCUCUCUUGUCUCUGUGCAGCAGACAUAGUGAGCAAUAUGUUUGGAACAUCAAAUCGUAUCGAAUCGCUAUACAUAUAGAAUCGUGAGAAUCGCAAUGCAUAUCAUUUCGGCACCUAAGUAUUGUGAUAAUAUCGUAUCGUGAGGCCCCUGGCAAUUCCCAGCCCUAUUAUUUUGUUAUAAUCAGAGCAUGGUUGCUCAAAUGUUAAAUUCACUUGCCCUCUUUCUGAAUGUCUUGUGCUCUGUCCUCUGUCUGCCCGUAGAGCCCAGGAGGCAUUGAAGACUGGUCAUUUUGUGAGUGUGCUGCAGGUGCUGAUGCAGCUGCAGAGGAUCUGUAACCACCCAGACCUGGUGAACAUCAGGGAGACCAGCAGCUCCUACGUGUGUUCCUCUCUGCAGUACAACACCCCUUCCCUGGUGCUGGGAGCCCUGCAGGACGACCAACGCACGGUAGGACUAGUAGGAUACCAGUAUCACACACAGCUUCAACACCUGAGGGUUUAAUCCAGUUUAUUCUAUUUCAUUAGUACUGCUCACCUGAGUGACGUGGAAUGGAAUUGAUUAGAUUGGUUUAGAUGUAACUUUAUCUGAGAACUUAGUCUGCACCUGCAUAUGAGGUUCAAAACACACUUGUAUUCCUUUUGUCUCUUUUUCUAGAGCCUGGACCUGUCCCUGUUCGACUUGAUCAGUAAUGAGAACAGACUGACGCGCUACGAGACAGAGGAGGUUCUACCCAAACUCAAAGUCACCCGUCAGCUGAUUGAGGAGAUCCACAGUGCUCCGGACCCACCGGCCAGACCCAAGCCCUGCAAGAUCAAACCAAUGAGGUCUGUGCUCUACCUUUCACAUCACAUGGAAACCCUAAUACACAUGACAUGGAUGAUUCCAUUCUGUUACUCACAAAAAUGGAAAAUAAAUCAUAUUUACUAAUUCUAUUCUAUCAUGUUGCAUCAGUAGCGCUAGGCAGUGUUGCAUGACCUGUGACCUUUAUUGAGUCUAUGAUUUGAUUGACAGGUUGUUCCAGCCAGUGCAGUAUGGUACCAAGCCAGAGGGCCGUCUGGUGCCCAUGACCAAUACUGUGGGUCAGCAGCGUCCUCCAGCCACCACUACCACCCCCCUCACCACCACCGCCACUAUUACUUCUACUGCCCCUCAGCCAGCCCAGACCAGGGGCAAGUCCCCUGUCACCACCACCACUACCACCACACAGGGUAAGAUCUCACUAUAGACCCCUAGACAAUGCUACACCUUGGUAUGCACUGGGGUUCACACGCGUUUCAUGCUGUUUUCAAGUUGAAUAACUUAAUGAAGGAAAUCAAACAUUUGUCUUCAUGCGUUUUGAUAAUUGCAGUUCAUUGUUUACAGUAUUUGUGUAGUGUGUAUCACACAGAUAAUCUCAUGAUGUUACCAUGUAAUGUUUUGUAAAGUGUGAUUGUAGUUGGUCAUGACACUAAAAACUGCGUUUCAGUGAAGUUAAUUAAACUAACUAUGCAUAGCCUGUGUGUGUCUCAUUACCACCAUUACAUUUUCAAAUUGUGUGGUUUAUACAUGUGUAACUAAAAGAUACUGUCAUCAACAUAAUUUCAGAACAAAAUCCAAAGCAACAUUUUGCUACUCCAAAUGUAUCCUAAAACAGAGAAGUCCAAGGCAAAGAUUUGAUUAUAUUGACAUCCUCUUUUGACUCUAAUCCUAUCAAUCCAAGACGGGUAUAAACCUAAACUUGCUGAUGGACCACCACCCUCGAGUUGUGCUGUUGAAUUAACUGACGCGUUGUUUCAGUUAGCCCAUCCCAAACUCCCUUGUACUUCACAGUGGCUGGGACCGCUAUUCAGAAAGCCCAGACUACCUCUCCUGCCACCGGCACCACUGGGUCUGCUGUAGCAUCCUCUGGGAGCUCCGCCGCUGGCCAGCAUGUGGUGGGGGCUGCCCCCCCUGUGGCCCUGGGUCAGGCUCUGUGUGGCGCAGCCCAGCCCACUCUGUCUGGUAUUGUCCAGGUCCCCAGGCCGGCCCUAGGCCCCACCCAUGCCAUCCAGUCCAGCCUGGUUCCCCAGAGACUGGUUCUAACAUCCCAGGCCCAGGCACGGUUGCCUAGUAAGUGGCCUCCUCCCCUUCCCUCACCUCCCUUCAAUGCAUUUCUAUUGUCCUAUUUUACUGCAGAGAAUCAUUGAGUGAAGAAAAAUAGCACUUUAUAAAUGAGAACUACAGCCAUGUCAGCAGCAUCCCCAAACAGCCUCAAUCUUCCUCAGUCUGAAACCUGCAUGUCCACAACCCAAUGUCUGCUGCCAUGACAGACCACACAAUACUGGUUUAACCAUUUAAAACUAUAUUUUCCCCCACCUAAAUAUUGGUUCUCCCAUUUUACUAAUAUUUUGCUUCUUGUCAGCCCAGCUGCAGGAAGAUAUCCCAAAGUGUUGUUUCCUUCUUAGAUUUUUUUUGUGUUGUUGUUAUGUUUUCUUUUGACCCUGAGAGUUUGUGUACUGCUAAGCAUGUGGAAAUGACCCCGCUGACCUCAGGCCACUCCCUACCCUACCCCAGUGUGAACACACACAGAAACCUUUUCAAUCGCAACUCAACACACAACACACAAAUUAUAGCACAUACAUUUAUUUUUUUAGAGUAGUUUUAUCUUUAAAAGAGCAAACUGCUAUUUGUUGGCAAUAAUUUUAUGAGGAUAAAGGUGCAUUAUCUGUUUGCAUGCCUGUAAUAGGUGUGUUGUAGUUGUUGUUGAAAAGGCAGUUAAGUGCAAGCCAUUGCUUUAACUGAAUACAUGUUUGUUGCAGGGUCUCUGUCUCACCUGAAGAUUACUGUUUUUAGUUUCUUUUCCCCCUCAGGGUUGGCUAGAGAUGAGUAACUGCAAUGGUUCUCAUGUUGUGGAGGGCAGCUACCUACACUCGUCCCACUCAUUAACCCACCCAUUGCAUGUCUAGUCUCUCACCCUUCAACUAACUGAAAUAUGUCUUUAUUUUGUAUUUUUGGUGAUGCAGUCGUACAGCUCUUUUAGUCUGUGGUGUUAUUUGAUUAGAGGUCUGUGUGUAUGUACUCUUUCCUCCUGCUGAAGGUGGAGGAGAUGUGUUGAAGAUAGCCCAGCUGGCGUCCAUAGCAGGCAGCCAGAACCGAAUCUCCCAGCCCGAGACCCCCGUCACUCUGCAGUUCCAGGGCAACAAGUUCACCCUGUCCCCCAGCCAGCUCCGACAGCUCACCACUGGGCAGCCCUUGCAGCUCCAAGGUACACUCGGUAAUGUACACCCAACAUUUCAUACUCUCCCUAUAACUUCUCUUUUUCUCCCUGCCCUUUUUGUCAGAAUGUCCUUCACUAUAUUGUAAUCACUUACAACAAAGAUGCUACUUUAAAUGAUACUCCUUUUAACUCUACCAUGUAUUUGGUAGAAUCCGCUUCAUAGAAAUGCAGAGAGUUGGAUAACCAAUGUUACAUGUAUAGACAUUCUUACUAGAGCAGUGGUCACCAAACGGCCGAUCAACUGGUCGAUCUUGAAGGCAUUUCUAGUCGAUCACGAAACAUUUAUAUAAAAAACCCAACGAGAAAGCUUUGUAUUCCUAUUUUUCUGUCUCGCGCUGUUGGCAGUAGGUGCACGUAGGUGCGCUUGUUUCAGUUGCCCUGCGCGCCGGUGAAGUGUUCGCAUUUUGAACCAUUUCAUGUGUCUGAAAGUACAAACUCCGCCUACUCGGCGUGCCCAGAGAGCAAAUCAAGUGCACGUAUAGGCCUGCCACUAGCCAAUCGAAUUUCUCAGAUCACCUUGUCAAAGUAAGUUGAUACUGUGAUUUCAAAACGUUUAAAACCAUGACUAGAAAGAGACUGUCAAGGAAUACAGCAAAGAGCUGUGUUCAUGUUAAAGUUUUUAUUCACCACUUUUAUAAGCCACUCGUGCUGCAACCAAGACUGCAGCUUCAAUGAAUGAGGAGCAAAGUGUAUCGAUGGGCUUGCGUUGUUAUUGUUAGCGGCUGUGUGUGUUUUAAUAUUUCACUUUUUCUGGUCAUAGGAGUAACAACAUGAAUUUGUGCAUGAGGCAGAAAUAAUGUGGUGUGACUCGAUUUUGGGUAUCUGCUCGAAGACGGUGUCCCCUUUUUGGUCAGUCUUACUCUUAGCGUAGGGGGGAGAGCUGAGGGACAGUACGACGGUGAGAGGCGGACCCACUGAUGCUCUCCCUCCACUGAGACUGACCAUCAGAUGCCAUCACACUGGACCAUCAGUCCAGUAAAAAAAAUACACAUUAUUUCAAUUUAUGCUCACUCAGCUAUGCCUCACAAGUAAUAAAACAAAUGAUCUAUUACCAGUGUGAUCAUAUACCUCAAGUAUAAUUUUAAAAUGGUCUGAGAAGAACAACAUUGGCAGGGCAAUUUGAGCAUAGCCAAUAUGCAAUGAUAAUGUAUUGGGCGUAUAGCCUACUACAACUCACAUUGCUACAGAACUAUUUUUAAUAGGUUAAUGUUGCAUAGGCUUAUGUUUAAGUCAUGUUAAAAAUAAAAUUACAUCUGAGCGGUAGGUAAAUCUCAGCCUUCAUUUUGACUCAAAGUGACCUCGGCUCAGAAAAGUUUGGGGACCACAGAACGAGAGUGAUUAAAACUAAAUGGUUAUAUCUGUUAAAUGGUUUCUGUGUCGUCUGUGUGCCUGGCUGUGUGAUGGUACAGGUAACAUCCUGCAGAUAGUGUCGGCCCCUGGUCAGCAGAUCCUCCGGCCCCAGGGCUCUAUGGUCAUGCAGACGGUACCUCAGGCUGUACCUGUCUCCAACUCGUCCACCAGACCUGGCACCCCACCACCAGUCGGCCCUGCCCAACAAGGUAAGCCAGCCACCUUCAACUGUGAAUAGUGCAGAUAGUGCCUCAAGAAUUACACCACUAUGGGUGUUUCUCAAUAUGCAUACUACCGUGCUCUACACUCUCAUGCUCCGAGUGCAUUCUCCAACGACGUUCUCUUGAGUACGUUCUUUUGAGGAUGAGAGUGUGAAGAAUGCAUAAAACAUUACAUUUGAGAAGCGCUUGUACUCCCCCUGCUGUAUUACCUCACGCUUCACCUCCCCAUUCGCUGAUCCGUCUUCCAGCCAGAACAAUGGCAACAAUAGAUGAAACAAGAUAUACACAAAGCAACCGUUUUAACUUCAUAACUAUCAGCUAGCUAUAUAUGAAUCAUAAUAAUGUAGCUAUCCAGAUAGUUUAACAGGCAAAAAUGACAUUUAACAUUUUAGUCAUUUAGCAGACGCUCUUAUCCAGAGCGACUUACAGUUGUGUAGUGAGUGCAUAAGUUUUCAUACUGGUCCCCCUUGGGAAUCGAAUCUACAACCCUGGCAUUGCAAACGCCAUGCUCUACCAACUGAGCUACACGGGACGAAUGACCUCAAACUAUUAUUAUGCAAGAUAGAUGUAAAUUCUUCGUGGGUAGCUAGCUAACAAUUCUUUGUUUCUAUCUGGCUAGCUAACAGUACUAGUAGCUAACCGGUUAUCCCUAUUGACUUACAUUUACAUCAUUUAGCAGACGCUCUAAUCCAGAGCGAUUUACAAAUUUGACUUAUUAUGGGCUUGCGAUCUACGGUACGUAGGCAGGUAAAGAUGCCAAAAUUAACACAGCAUGUAUUUAUUAACGUAGCAAGAUAAAAAAAUAUUGUAGUCAGGCAACGUAUGCCAUGUGAAUAGGCAACAUUUCAUUCCGAAGUCAGUGUAUUUUCUCUCGCUUCAGCUCAAAUAAUGGCAGGAAGUUCAACUAUUGAGAAAGUAGACUAAACCAUUCCAACGUUUCUGCAACUACCUCCCCCUAACAAGCAACGUUUGAAAUAUGUUCUACCCUCUUGUGGCUUUGAGUCAGUGACUCUUAUCACAGAGCGAAAUUUUUAAGUAUAAAGUGGAAAUUGUGCGUCAUUUUUUACAUGGUUGCGUCAUAUUUCUUUGCAUACCUUCCGUUGAAGCUUGCAUCGAUGCAUGUUUCAAAAUAUGUACAAACGGAGUGCUCUCCUUGCUUUGUUUCACAUACUUUGAUUUGGACUCAUACUCUGACCCUCCCGUGCUACAAUUUGCGUGCUCCGAGCACGGUAGUAUGCAUUUUGAGAGACACUCUAUGUCUCUGCUGUCAUGGCUUACACUGUGUACACAGUCAAAUAUUACUCUAUAGUAACCUUUCUAACAAAGUGAUUUUGUUGUAAUGGUCUUAGUCUUUCUCCCUUUUACUUUGAAGCUUCAGGGGUGACAUCAAAUGCCUUGGGGGUGAGCUCCCAGCCUGCUCCUGCUGCUCCUAUUGCCUCUCAGGUGGGUAGAACAGGCAUUGGUAGAACACAGAAUAACAUGAAAUGAAAACAUACCUAUAUUUCUGUAGCCCCCUAACCCAUAUAUUCUCAUUGAAGGGAUGAAAUGUGAAUAUGAUGCCAUUGUUCUCUGUGUCGUGUAUAGGUGACGUCAGAGGAGAGGAGUCGUCAGCUGAAGGAGCGUCUGAGCCGCCUGUUCAGUGCCAACGAGAGGCGUUGUGACCGCAGUGUGCUGUACGGGGCUGACCUGCUCCAGGCCUGCUCUGUGACCCCAGGGGCUCCUCACUCUGCCCUGAGCCCCGGGGGCUGGAGGUGGGUGGGCAGGGACAGCUGCCUCAGGGCCCAGAGGACUCCUGUGGCCACCACCACACACCUCCAGUCUGCUCUGCUCUCCUCCACACACCGCCAGGACGCCAGCAGCAGCCUAGUCAGCAGGUGCCCAACUACCUGUGGUGGUCAAUCACCUCACAUCACUGUCGGAUUAAACUUUUAAUAUCAUGACGGACAUAAUCACACUGGUUCAAAAUCAGUUACGUUUGCAUACAGUGAAUUGAGUUAAAGCCGACUUGAGUUCAUAUAGCCUUUUGUAUUUCUUAGUAAUUGAAAAACUCUCCUCUCUCUGUAGGUUAUCAUGUGUUGUCCCUGCUGCAGUAGCUCGUCCCCCUUACCUGUAUGCAGCCAAUCCCCCAGCUCCCUACAGCCUGGAGCAGAAGUCGAUCAGUCGCAGGCUCCAGGAGGCCGCCACCCCCCACAGCACAGAGAUCCACAGCCUGGCCUCUGGACACCUGCUCCAGUUCCCUGACCUGCAGCUCAUGCAGAUGGACUCGGGUGAGCUCAGCAGAAGAUUAUAUAUUUAGCUGUGCCAGGGCUUAAGGCUUUCCUAUAAGCCUUGCUAAACAUAGGUAGUCCAUUGUCUGCUUGGGCUGCACACUUCGUUCGAAUUACAGUAAAAUUAACAUAAUGUUUUGCUCCGAAGGUAAACUUGAGGCCCUGGCCAUUCUGCUCCAGAAACUGAGGUCAGAAAAUCGCCGCGUACUCAUCUUCACACAGAUGGUGAAGAUGCUGGACAUCCUGGAGGCCUUCCUGGACCACCGGCAGCUCACAUACAUCCGUGUUGACGAGAGCCUGAUCACAGAGGAACGCCAGGUAAAACCCCUUUGUACCAAGGAAAUAGUCAUCAACUGCACCUGUUUGGUGCCUGUGUUAUAGUGAGUUGACACACAGACUUCUAUCAGUGUUGCAUUACUAGGGUUAAUUGUAGUUCUCACUCAGUGACAGCCUGCCUCUCUUUCCGUUUCACCCUAUCUUACACCGGAACCUCUUGAAUCAGUGCAGUGUUCUGGCACUAUAAGGGGACAGAGUACUACGCUCACUUCACUUCCUACUGGAUGUUGGUUCUACUAGGGCCUUAAAGAAGCACACAGUUGCAGCUCUAGAGAACCUAUGGGGCUUUCUGGCUUUUUUGUUGCUGUACUUUUUACUCUUCUGCUACACUUGCUAUUUCAUUUUCUGUCUGUCCAAUCAGAUGUGUCUGUCUCUUUUCUAACUGACCUCUUGUUUAAUUCUCCUUCCCUCUCUCUUGUCGGUGAGCUGAGUGAACUAUACCGGAAGUGUUUGGUUUAGGGUUGACCCCAUUUAGUCAACUGGUCGAUUGUUUGGUCCAUAGGCUGUUGGUCGACUGAGAUUUCUUUAGUCGAGCAGUAGCCUAUAUAUAUAUAUAUAUAUAUAUAUAUACUACCAUUCAAAAGUUUGGGGUCACUUAGAAAUGUCCUUGUUUUCGAGAAGAAAAGCAUUUUUUUUGUCCAUUAAAGUAACAUCAAAUUGAUCAGAAAUACAGUGUAGACAUUGUUCAUGUUGUAAAUGGCUAUUGUAGCUGGAAACGGCUGAUUUUUAAUGGAAUAUCUACAUAGGCGUACAGAGGCCCAUUAUCAGCAACCAUCAGUCCUGUGUUCCAAUGGCACGUUGUGUUUGCUAAUCCAAAUGUAUCAUUUGAAAAGGCUAAUUGAUCAUUAGAAAACCCUUUUGCAAUUAUGUUAGCACAGCUGAAAACUGUUUUGCUGAUUAAUAAAACUGGCCUUCUUGAGACUAGUUGAGUAAAAAAGCCAUAUCUCAGUCUGCCCAUCUGAAUCUUUUCUUUUUAUUGGCCAGUCUGAGAUAUGGCUUUUUCUUUGCAACUCUGCAGCAUCCCGGAGUUGCCUCUUCACUGUUGACGUUGAGACUGGUGUUUUGCGGGUGCUAUUUAAUGAAGCUGCCAGUUGAGGACCUGUGAGACGUCUGUUUCUCAAACUAGACACUCUAAUGUAUUUGUCCUCUUGCUCAGAUGUGCACUGGGGCCUCCCGCUCCUCUUUCUAUUCUGGUUAGAGCCAGUUUGCGCUGUUCUGUGAAGGGAGUAGUACACAGCGUUGUACGAGAUCUUCAGUUUCUUGGCAAUUUCUCGCAUAGAAUAGCCUUCAUUUCUCAGAACAAGAAUAGACUGACGAGUUUCAGAAGAAAGUUAUUUGUUUCUUGCCAUUUUGAGCCUGUAAUUGAACCCACAAUUGCUGAUGCUCCAGAUACUCAACUAGUCUCAAGAAGGCCAGUUUUAUUGCUUCUUUAAUCAGCACAACAGUUUUCAGCUCUGCUAACAUAAUUGCAAAAGGGUUUUCUAAUGAUCAAUUAGCCUUUUAAAAUGAUCAACUUCGAUUAGCAAACACAACGUGCCAUUAGAACACAGGACUGAUUGUUGCUGAUAAUGGGCCUCUGUACGCCUAAGUAGAUAUUCCAUAAAAUAUCUGCCAUUUCCAACUACAAUAGCCAUUUCCAACAUUAACAAUGUCUACACUGUAUUUCUGAUCAAUUUGAUGUUAUUUUAAUGGACAAAAAAAUUGCUUUUCUUUCGAAAACAAGGACAGUUCUAAGUGACUCAAAACUUUUGAACGGUAGUGUAUAUGCAGGCCUCAACCACUUCCCUGAGAGCACAUGAUUCAGUAUAUCAUGCAGCCCUCAGGUUCAUUACCAAUCAAUAACGUCUAACACGUGAUCUCUACAGCGCCGUUGGCUGGUCGUCAUUGACCUUGCGUAGGCUUAAACAAUGGUAUACACUGAUUUAUAAGGCCAUACUGGGUAAAAUGCCACUUUAUCUAUGUUCUUUUUUAAUCAGGUCAGUAAAUAAAUAUCAAUUACGGUGCCAUUCUCAUUUUGCUUUUAACAGUACCAAGAAUUAGAACAGGUCCUGGAAUUCUCUCCUGAACAUUUUAAAAUGUGAUGAUCUAGUCAUGUUGGUGAAGUUCAAACACUUGGUCAAUGUAAAUAUCAGUGUAAUUGUCUUUUAGGACAGCUGUUUUUUAGUUAUGACAUUCGUGUUUCUUUUCAUAAUAUGUAAUUGUUGUACUGUAUGUGUCUAUAGUUUUGUUCAAUGUUGUGUUAGUGUAUGUAAGUAGUUUUGUCUGAAACGUUGUUCCCCCUGCUGCUGUUGGACCAGGUCUCUCUUGAAAAAUAGAUUUUAUCUCAAUGAGAAAAACCUGUAUAACUAAAGGUUAAAUAAAAAAAUGUUCAAUCAAAUCAAUUGCGGUUGGACACCCUCUAGUCAUUUGUGUGUCUUAAUUAGGCUAUUUGAUCAAACAGUGUGCUUAAACCACCAGACAAGCUCAGUGCAUAUGGUUGAUUUGAUUAAAACACAUAGGAUGUGUCUAUGUGGAAAAAUACGUUAAAAAAUGUAUACCAAUUGAUUGAGUGGGAUAAGAUAUACAACUCUAAAGCCCUCUCCUUGGGACUAAUCUGUGUCUAUGUUUCUCAUGAUAUUCCCCUCCCUCCCAUCAGGAACAUAUGAAGACCUUCAACAGGAACAGACAGGUGUUCUGCAGCAUCCUGACCAACCGUUGCUGCUCGGCCGUGGGGACAGUGUUCGACGCAGAUACCAUCAUAUUCUACGACACGGACCUCAACCCCAGCAUGGAUGCCCGCACCCAGGAGUGGUGCGACAAGAUCGCACGAUCCAAGGACAUCCACAUCUACAGGUAAAACACAGGAAAAAUACAUGUUGUGCCGUAACUCUACAUACAGUGAGGGAAAAAAGUAUUUGAUCCCCUGCUGAUUUUGUACAUUUGCCCACUGAAGCAAUCAAUCAAUCAGAUUCCAAACUCUCCACCAUGGCCAAGACCAAAGAGCUCUCCAAGGAUGUCAGGGACAAGAUUGUAGACCUACACAAUGCUGGAACAGGCUACAAGACCAUCGCCAAGCAGCUUGGUGAGAAGGUGACAACAGUUGGUGCGAUUAUUCUCAAAUGGAAGAAACACAAAAUAACUGUCAAUCUCCCUCGGCCUGGGGCUCCAUGCAAGAUCUCACCUCGUGGAGUUGCAAUGAUCAUGAGAACGGUGAGGAAUCAGCCCAGAACUACACAGGAGGAUCUUGUCAAUGAUCUCAAGGCAGCUGGGACCAUAGUCACCAAGAAAACAAUUGGUGACACACUACGCCGUGAAGGACUGAAAUCCCGCAGCGCCCGCAAGGUCCCCCUGCUCAAGAAAGCACAUAUACAGGCCUGUCUGAAGUUUGCCAAUGAACAUCUGAAUGAUUCAGAGGAGAACUGGGUGAAAGUGUUGUGGUCAGAUGUGACCAAAAUGGAGGUCGUUGCCAUCAACUCAACUCGCCGUGUUUGGAGGAGGAGGAAUGCUGCCUAUGACCCCAAGAACACCAUCCCCACUGUCAAACAUGGAGGUGGAAACAUUGUGCUUUGGGGGUGUUUUUCUGCUAAGGGGGCAGGAUUUUUUUUUUUGGCCAUUUAGCAGACGCUCUUAUCCAGAGCGACUUACGGGAGCAAUUAGGGUUAAGUGCCUUGCUCAAGGGCACAUCGACAGAUUUUUCACCUAGUCGGCUCGGGGAUUAGAACCAGUGACCUUUCGGUUACUGGCACAACGCUCUUAACCACUAAGCUACCUGCCGCCCCGGAUAGGACAAUUUCACCGCAUGAAAGGGACGAUUGACGGGGCCAUGUACCGUCAAAUCUUGGGUGAGAACCUCCUUCCCUCAGCCAGGGCAUUGAAAAUUGGGUCGUGGAUGGGUAUUCCAGCAUGACAAUGACCCAAAACACACGGCCAAGGCAACAAAGGAGUGGCUCAAGAAGAAGCACAUUAAGGUCCUGGAGUGGCCUAGCCAGUCUCCAGACCUUAAUCCCAUAGAACAUCUGUGGAGGGAGCUGAAGGUUUGAGUUGCCAAACGUCAGCCUCGAAACCUUAAUGACUUGGAGAAGAUCUGCAAAGAGGAGUGGAACAAAAUCCCUCCUGAGAUGUGUGCAAACCUGGUGGCCAACUACAAGAAACGUCUGACCUCUGUGAUUGCCAACAAGGGUUUUGCCACCAAGUACUAAGUCAUGUUUUGCAGAGGUGUCAAAUACUUAUUUCCCUCAUUAAAAUGCAAAUCAAUUUAUAACAUUUUUGACAUGCAUUUUUCUGGAUGUUUUUGUUGUUAUUCUGUCUCUCACUGUUCAAAUAAACCUACCAUUAAAAUUAUAGACUGAUCAUGUCUUUGUCAGUGGGCAAACGUACAAAAUCAGCAGGGGAUCAAAUACUUUUUUCCCUCACUGUACCAUAUCAGGAUAUGAAGAAACGCAUACUGUUGUUGCUGCUGAAAUGUAAGUCAGUGUGAGGUUGGUAACUCGGUGUCUUUAUAUCCCAGACUGGAGAGCGGGAACUCCAUUGAAGAGAAGCUGCUAAAGAACGGCACCAAGGAUCUGAUCCGAGAGGUGGCUGCACAGGGGACUGACUACACAUUGGCAUUCCUCACACAGGUAAGAUCCUUUACCCUCACACCAACCAGACCCCUGCUCUGACUGAAAAUCAUACUAUAUUUGGUUAUUAAAUACGCUGUGUCUGUGUGUCCAGCGGACCAUCCAGGACCUCUUUGAGGUGGAGGCCGGCUCGGGGGAGAAGGUUGAGGAGUUUGUGGUUCUGCACCAGGAGCCGUCUCCCUCUGAGGCCAUCUCUCCCCGCGUGGCUAGGCCCUACAUCCAGGCCCUCCACAGCAUCAGCCUGGGCGCCCCGCCACCAGAGCAGCAGGAGGAGGAGAGCCAAGAGGGUCAGGAGGAGGACCUGGAGAAGGAGCUGCAGGUCAAAGAGGAGCCCUCUCAGCUGGAGGAGCUUAACGCUGUAAUGGACCAGGUGAUAAACGGUCAUGAAGUGCCUUCUUCCAGUAUAUUGUAGACUACAUACCAGGGAACUAGCACAUCUGUUUCAACUAAUACUGGAUUGUCUUCAUAAUUUCCUCCAUUAGCUAACACCAAUAGAAAAAUAUGCCCUGCAAUACCUGGAGUAUCUUCAUGUCAGUGAAGACGAACUUGUUGCUAAGGUAAGACUCAAACGCUCCUCUCAGAUAUCCAGAGGUACUACUAGCUUGUAAGACAUUGCAUUCUAAAAGUAGCACAAGGCCACAAUUACAAAUGUUUUAUAACUUUAAUAAUACUUAAUGUGAAUUUCAGGAGCGACUGUUGUGUGCGAAGAGAGGCUGGGAGAUGCAGCACCUCCAGAAACUGAAGGCUGAAGACGAGGAGAGGAUUAUCAUUGAGGAAGAGGAGGACCUGUUCACGUACACCAGAGAGGAUGCUUACAACAUGGUAGGCUUUCACUCUCUCAUCAGGAGUUUAUUCAUUACGCCUAUUAUGUUGCAAAAUGUUUUUUAUUCGGAAGCGAAUGAAACGGGGAGGGACCUAACUGAAUUUGUCCAAUACAAACUCUUGUUUUGCUCUGUUUACUUCUUAAACGGUAAAUGGUUUCGGUAAUGAAUACGCCCAUGGUGUUCACAGUAUUCAAAUAAGAGAACAGAGCCUGUAGUAUAUUUCCGUUGUAAAUCAGUGGUAAUGGGAGCUAAAGUCUCUGUUUCAACAGGAGUAUGUGUUUGAUGGAGAAGAUGGCCAAACGGAAAUCAUGCCGGUAAGUCGGUCACAUAAUAUCUACAUGACCGUAUCUGCUUGUCCUGAGGUAUAUCAUAAUGUACCCUCUUAUUAUCCAUGAGCCUGUCAGCUGUGUUAACCUAUGGUUCUGGUUGCAGCUGUGGACUCCACCUACCCCACCGCAGGAUGACAACGACAUCUAUAUCGACUCUGUCAUCUGUCUGAUGUACGACUCUGCUCCCAUGCCUGAGUCCAAACUGCCUCCGGUCUACAUCCGCAAGGAGCACAAGAGACUCAAGAUGGACCCCUCAGGUAAGGCUUUGUAUUCUGGUAACAAACAUUACAGUAUAGUACAUUGUGUGUGUGUGUGUGUAGUGAUGCACUUGUGAUCUCUGUCCUGUGUUUUCUGCCCAGCAGCAGGCAGGAAGAAGAAGAAGGGUCAUGGGGAGACGGUGAUUCCUCCUCGCUCCCUCUUUGAGAAGGCCAGCAUGCUCAAGGUCCGCCGAGAGGGCAAAGACCAAAAGAAGAACUUCUCCCUGAAGCAGCAGGCACCCUUUGCCAAGCCUCUGCCCUCGCUGGUCAAACCUGCCAUGGAGGCCGGACAGGACAACCCAGAGUGGCUCAUCAGUGAAGACUGGGCCCUUCUACAGGUACUGGGCAGGCUGCUACUGGGAUGGCUUGUUUUACCCAAUACUGUGGUUGGUCUAAUGAAAAGUCUGUCAUACUGUACGUUUGCUAGAUACUCUCAGAUGAGGUGAACUAAAGUAUACUUAGAAUCUAAGCUAUUUGUAAUGAAUGAUAUAUUCUGUUAGUGAUGUAAGUGUCCCCUCUCUCUCUGUGCGUGGCAGGCUAUGAAGCAGCUCCUGGAGCUCCCUCUGAAUCUAACCAUCGUGUCUCCGGCCCACACCCCCAACUGGGACCUGGUCAGCGACGUGGUCAACUCCUGCAGCCGCAUCUACCGCUCGCCCAAGCAGUGUCGCAACCGCUACGAGAACGUCAUCAUCCCCCGGGAGGAGGGCAAGGUGAGCAGACAUGACGACAGUUACUAAAGUGUGAGUGGCACCAAGACAUCAUGUUGUUUGAGCAUUCAGAUAAUUAAACCAUACUGGUUUUGUUAUUCAUUGUAGUUGGUGUAUGAGGCGAACCCUAAGAAGAAAACCAAGAGCAUAUACAAGGUACAUUGACCUACUCUUGUCGUUUACAACGGUCGUAAUGUUUGAUGCACAGAGCCCUCUUGAUUGACCAGGAUCCCUCCUUUUUCCUCCACCAGUCUAAGAACAGCCGGCCACUGCGGACCUGUCAGAUCUACACCCAGGAUGACAACGCUACACACAUCCAGCUUUACAACAGCCGCUUUGAGCUCAUGAAGAUCAUCGCCAGCAAGAGGAGUCCCCCCAUCAAACCACUGUAAGCACUCAAGAUCUUUCCUCUGUACCUUGAAAUAAUGCAUGUUGUGUCAUCAGCCUCAUGAUUAACAUGCUCACUGUGCAAUUCUAAAAUAAUUAAAUGUUUGCUUCUUUUUCAGUCUGGGGAUGAACCCAUUCCAGAAGAACCCAAAACAUGCCUCCGUCCUGGCAGAAAGUGGGAUCAGCUACGACAAGCCCCUCCCUCCCAUUCAGGUGGCAUCACAACGUGCUGAGAGGAUUGCCAAGGAGAAGAAGGUGUGUACUGUUUACUGUAUGUUCUCUCUAGAUUUGGAUUAAUGGCUAAGUUUGCAGUGUGAAAGUCAGGUAUGUUGUCAUGGUGGUAUGCACUCUGAUCUUCAACAUGCUUAUUUGUCUGUGUGUGUCCUGUCAGGCCCUAGCGGAGCAGCAGAGGGCUCAGCAGCUAGCGCAGCAGGCUGGAGCCCCCCAGGCCGUGGCCGGUGCUGCCCAACCCCAGGCUGGGGCUCCCGCUGCAGGCCAAGCCCAGGCCCCGGGGGUCCUCCAGGCCCCUGCAGCGGCUGGAGCAAUGGCUGUACCCAACACCGCUGUCCUGGUGAGAAUGGGGAAUUUUCAAUGUCAAACCAAGUUGUUCUUUGUGGUAAAAAAAAACAGCUGUCUAAUGAGUAAAAUAGCAUAAUUUUGAAAUGUAUGUAUUUUUUAAAGAAUGUUGUGUUUUUCAGCCUGGAGCCAUAAAGAAUGCUGCUGUGGGAACAACCAUUCAAGCUGGUGGGUUUUCAUGGCACACACAUUGAUCAUUACAAAACAUUUAGUCUGUAAUCCAAUAGUAAUUUCUAAAAUCCUUUCAGCCACCGUAGGGGGGAACCUGAUUGUGAACACAGUGGCUGGAGUUCCUCCAAGUCCGUUCCAGGCCAACAAACGGCUGGCAUCACCAGGUCAAGUCAUACCAGGAACCCUGUCUGUAAGUCACUCUAUUUAUUACCUCUGCCAUUACUUCACUCAACUCCUAGGGAAUCUUUCCCAGUUUUUGUAUUAUAACACACGAUGAUCAUUGUUUGAGAGUAUAGUAUUCAGUAGUCUUGCUGACAGAGUGAAUGGUCCUAGGAGGUGUUGGUCUGGUUGAGUUAACAUGAGGCCCUGUGCUCUUGUCCCUCCUCCAGCCUGCCGGUGCAGCAGGAGCCCAGGUGGUCCAUUCCCAGCAGAGAGCCGUACCUGCUGCUGCCUCGCCUGGGGAGGUGGUUGCCAUAGCUACGGGUCAGGGUGUCAGGGCCGUUACCCCGGUGACUGCCUCUGCAGUGGUGUCCACCACUCUGACCCCAGUGCAGUCCCAGACCCGCUCCCUGGUCACACCAGGUACUGCACACAUUGUUCACACUGAACACACAGUCAAUCAAAUGGAUUUUAUAUAGCGCUUUUGACAGCAACAUUUAUCAUUUACGUGCUUUACAGUAACCCAUCAAAUAACAUAACAUAACAUGUUGGUUGUUUCUACACUGAACGCAUUCAACAAAGAACAUAAAAACAUACUACUUAGUUAAUGAAGUGCCCUGUCCACUGGUUUUAUGAUCUGACUCCUCUCUCGCUCUCUGUCCCCAGCCACAGGCAUGCAGCUGCCCCAGGGGAAGCCCAUCACCCAGGCCCACCUCCACAUGCUCCGCCAGCAGCAGCUCCAGCAGCAACAACAACAGGCUGCCUCUCCACAAGGCAUCAAGGCUGUGGGAAAACCCCAGGUACUGUACUCUACAGAGAAGCCCUUCAUUCACUGCAUGGCCUCCUAGAAUUAGCUUAUUCUGAUGCUCACCCACUACUCACACUAUCUGUGGCUAAUACUAAGUUAGCCGUUUUGUCUUGUAAAGUAAAAAUAUAGAAACCAUGCAUUUCAGCCAGCCCUCCUCCAACGGUAAAUCAGUACAGACAUUCAGUGAUCUGACCCUUUAUCUCUCUCCCUGGCUGUAGGAGCUGCUGAAGAUGCACAAGCAGAAGCUGCAGAUGGCCCAGCAGCAGGCAGGAGCAGGCCAGCAGCCUGUCCAGGUGCAGCCAGCCAACCCCCAGGCAGCCCUGGCCAACCCCCAGCUGGCCGCUAUAGCUGCUGGUCCCAGAGCCGGAGCCGUGCUGGCUGGCACCACCGUAGCCAACCUGCAGGUGGCCAGACUGGUAAGGACCAACUUUAUCACCUGCUCUUGUUUUUUUUCUAUAGUAUGUAGCCCAGCCUAGGGAAUUAGGCACCACUGUGUUGUGCUGAUCUUGACUAUUUUCAGACUGGUAAAGGCCACUGCUGAGAUGUGUCCAUUUUGAAGAAUGAUCUACUAGAGGUAACCCGGUUUGAGCUUAAUUAAUGAUCCAUUGAAAGUGUUUAUAACAGUUUCUGUCUUUGCCUGUGCCCAGACACGGCUGCCCACCCAGGGUCAGAUCCAGGCCCAGCCAGGGCAGACGGCCCAGGUGACCCUCACCAAGCCCCCCGUGGUCUCUGUGCCCGCCGUGGUCUCCUCCACUGGCGUCACCACCCUGCCCGUCACUGUGGCUGGCAUCAGUGUAGCCAUUGGUCAGGCCCAGAAAACAGGUGGGAAAACCCUCCUAUUCUCAUCAACUAAUUAGACUGAAACAUUCAUAAUCUGCUCCUCUUAGCACAAACAUACAUUCUCUACCAAUGAUAACACACACACACAUACCCUCACACUCCCUCUGUUGGGUUACAUAUCCUGAGGUUGUCCUGUCCCUGAGUCACAAUGUCUCUGGCCUGUCUAUCUGUCUUGCUUCCUCUCCUGUAGGUGGGCCAGUGUUGACGCCCCCGUUCCCCCAGAUGCAGGUGCAGCAGCUGCUCCAGAUGAAGAAGCAGCAGGCAGCUGUGCAGGCAGCAGCAGUCCAGCAGAAAGCAGUGCAGCCACAGCCAGGACAAGCCUCUAUGCAGCAGAAGGUGGGGCUCUGGGGGCAAACAGAACCACCACAGUCUACACAACCACACACAUACAGUUGAAGUCGGAAGUUUACAUACACUUAGGUUUUUACUUUAUUUUUAUUUCACCUUUAUUUAACCAGGUAAGCCAGUUGAGAAGAAGUUCUCAUUUACAACUGCGACCUGGCCAAGAUAAAGGUUGGAGUCAUUAAAACUAGUUUUUCAACCACUCCACAAAUUUCUUCUGGUCUGAUGAAACAAAAAUAGAACUGUUUGGCCAUAAUGACCAUUGUUAUGUUUGGAGGAAAAAGGAGGUUGCUUGCAAGCCGAAGAACACCAUCCCAACCGUGAAGCAUGUGGGUGGCAGCACCACAAAAUAGAUGGCAUCAUGAGGAAGGAAAAUUAUGUGGAUAUAUCGAAGCAACAUUUCAAGACAUCAGUCAGGAAGUUAAAGCUUGGUCGCAAAUGGGUCUUCCAAAUGGACAAUGACCCCAAGCAUACUUCCAAAGUUGUGGCAAAAUGGCUUAAGGACAACAAAGUCAAGGUAUUGGGGUGGCCAUCACAAAGCCCUGACCUCAAUCUUAUAGAACAUUUGUGGGCAGAACUGAAAAGGCGUGUGCGAGCAAGGAGGCCUAAAAACCUGACUCAGUUACACCAGCUCUGUCAGGAGGAAUGGGCCAAAAUUCACCCAACUUAUUGUGGGAAGCUUGUGGAAGGCUACCCGAAACGUUUGACCCAAGUUAAACAAUUUAAAGGCAAUGCUACCAAAUACUAAUUGAGUGUAUGUAAACUUCUGACCCACUGGGAAUGUGAUGAAAGAAAUAAAAGCUGAAAUAAAUCAUUCUCUCUACUAUUAUUCUGACAUUUCACAUUCUUAAAAUGUUGAUCCUAACUGGGGCGGCAGGUAGCUUAGUGGUUAAGAGCGUAGUGCCAGUAACCGAAAGGUCGCUGGUUCUAAUCCCCGAGCCGACUAGGUGAAAAAUCUGUUGAUGUGCCCUUGAGCAAACCAAGUAUGUAAACUUCAGUCAAGAGCUGGUGUUCUCUUGUUGUUACCGUAAGGGUAUGGGCUGGUCAGAGGUGCAUUUCAAAUCUUAACAGAAAGUGGUGCUCUUGAAACUGCAACCCAGUCUAUCCAUAGUUGGAUAUCUGAUUAUGAAAAAAAUGCAUGCCAUAAAUUCUUGUCAGAAGAAUCUUGUUGUGAGCCUAGUUCUGCUCUGUGUCCUCUCCCUCAGCUGGGUACCCAGCAGAUGACAGUGCCGGCUACCCAGCAGCAGAAGGUCACCUAUGCCACCACCACCCAGCUACAGCCUAGCAUCAAGACCCAGUUCUUCACUACCUCCAUUGCCCAGGCUGGGAAACCCACUGGGGCCCAGCAAAUCCAGGUAGACACUCAGAUCUUCCUACUCAUAUACUCCAACCCACUGGCCUUUAGGCACUGGGUCAUAAAUGUAUAGAGCUAUUAUCCAGAGGUGUGAGGAAUGCUAACUGCUUUCCCUUGUAUAUUAGGUGGCUAAGCUCCCCCAGAUAGUGCAGGGGCAAUCCACUGUGGCCAACAUCCAGCAGAUUGUAUCAUCUCCACAGCAGGUAAGAGCACUACCCCCCACAGAAGGGCAGUAUCAUACAGGAUCUUUGAGGCGUAUGGAAUGAGAGAUGACCGGUUCUGCUUCCUGUGUGUCUUAACCUUUCAUGACUAUUCACUUCUUCAUGACUUGAAUACAAGUCAGCUUGGUUAAAUUGCACAAAUAUUUUGUGCGUUGUGACAUUUAGGUAAUUUCCCAUAAACUGUUGUGAAAUGUUAUGACAGUGAAUAGAGGUACCAAGAGGGCAGCAUAGUCUGGUAACAUUGUAGCGGUACUGUUAGAGAGGGGUAACGAUAAAGAUGUUGUUGGGGCGCCAGGCAGGUAUUAACCCUGCCGAAAGGAAAAUAGUAGGAUAGAAAGAGUACCACUACCAGACACACACACACAUCAGCCGAAGAGACUAAUAAUAAAAAAUAUAUUUUUUUAAAAAUACAAAAAAAGCGACUAAUAAUAAGAUAUAUAUAUAUAUAUAUAUUUUUUUUUUUUUUUAUGCCGCUACGGAAGUGGCGCCUGGACAGGGAUGGUCCCAAAAGAUUACAACCACGACCUAGAGCGGUAACACCGGCGAUCGAAUUAAAACACUUUACAACUAAGCACGCUGAAAAUAAACAAGACUUCUGCAGAGUUGCACACACUGUCAAACUGCUGCGCCAACCGAGAGCUCUCCACAGAGAGCUGGAAGAGCUAUCUUUAUUUCCUCUUUCCUGACUGCUGAUGCGCUCUUAAAUGUGGCAGCACACAGUGAAGGCUUCGUGCAGGAUUUCGCCACAACAUGUUGUCGUCUGUCUGAUCUAAUGUGACCCUCUUCCUGUCUCGUAACAGAUCCAGCCCCAGUCUGUGGCCCUGACCCAGGCUACAUCCUCAGCCCAGCCCCAGGUCCAGAUGAUUCCAGCAGGCACAGCCACAGCCCAGGUGGUUCAGCAGAAGCUCCUCCAGCAGCAGGUGGUGACUGCAGCCGCCUCGCCUCAGAUACAGACCCCCCCUCCUCACAGCCCGGCCCAACAGGCCCCAGUUUCCACUGCAGCCGAGUCCCCAGUACAGCAGCAGCCAGCCAAGGGCCAGGCUCGCGGCGGGGCCAUGAGGGGCAAGACCCAGGCCAAGCCCAGCGGGGGCAGCAGCUAGGAGCCCACAGGAAUAGUUAGAGCUCCCCUCUCAGCUAGGCCAAGCAGGACAUCUCAUCAGUGUAAAUGCACUCAGUGACUCUGAGGAGCAGUGUUAUGAAGCAGUGGUGGAGUCCAGUCUGAGGUGGCUGUGUUGAAUCUAACCUGGUUUAAGGAACUGUUCCAUGUAAAGGAAUGACAUGUCUUUUAAGAGUGUCAUCUUCUAGCUACAACACAGUUCUGCAACUGUCGGCCGUUUCCCUCGCCACUGUUUCAGAAGGUCUCCCUUGGAGGCAACCUCCCCCCUGCACCAACAUCUAAUAUAAGAUCAGAAAAGCCGAAAAAUAAUAUUCAUGACUUUUUAAAUUGAUGACUAUAUUAAUGUUACUCCAUAGAUAUCCUGUGGCUUGGGCCUAUGGGCUGGUGCAUAGCUAAUUUGGGGAAUGUCAAUUUGAAUAAUGUUUUGUGUAUUCAUACAUUGUCCCUGUCCCCCUUGAUGUUGUUAUUCUCAUGCUUACCGUUUAUGAUGUCUGUAAUUUCAUAGUUGUUUAUAGAUAUAGAAAACACCCUUCUGGUAAAAAAAAAAAAACGUAUCUUGAUCAAGUAAUGCAUAGUAAUGUGACUACAUCUCAGUAGUACAGGUGCAUUGCCUACCAGAAGGAUAUAGGUGAGAGGACUUCAGUUCUCGUGCUAAUUGUCAUUGUGAAACACUUAUUCACACACAUCAAAGCCCUGAGCCAUUAGUGAUUGCAGUUUUACCCAUAGAAACACAUUCACAUAACCUUUUUCAGUGUACCAAUUGAACAUUGACAGAAGUGUCCCUAAAAGUUAGCUAGCUCCUUAAUUUUUUGCAUAAGAGGGAGCUUGCCAGGUCCAAAACUGCCCCAAUAGUGAUUGUAUCACAGUUAUAACGACCACUCAAAACACAAAUGAAAUACAAUCUGAAUGUAAUAUUUUGUUUUUUUGUAACCUUCAGACAUUUAAUGGAUAAUAAUGCACGUUCCUUUAGUCAAUUAUGUUUAUGUAACAAAUACACUGUAAACAUGUACUUUAGUAUCUUGUGUUUUCUCAUAAAUAUGCCAUUUUUUAUUGAUGUUGAAGAAAAAAACUGUAAAUAACAAUGAAAAAGGAAAACAUUUGUACUUGUAAAGUAGUUGUUUUCAUUGGAUUUUUUCAGCCUAAUUGUAAUAAAGUGUUUUGUUUUUAUACACAAUA